AUGGCAGCCCUGGCAGCUGGAGUAUCCAAGCAACGUGCAGCGGCAGAGGGUCUUGGCUCUAACCAGAAUGCUGUGAAGUAUCUGGGCCAGGACUUUGAGACCCUGAGAAAGCAAUGCUUGAACUCAGGGGUCCUAUUUAAAGACCCAGAAUUUCCAGCAUGUCCAUCAGCUUUGGGCUACAAGGAUCUUGGACCAGGCUCCCCAGAAACUCAAGGCAUCAUAUGGAAGCGACCAACGGAAUUGUGUCCCAAUGCUCAGUUUAUCGUUGGUGGAGCCACACGCACAGACAUCCGCCAAGGGGGUCUUGUGGUCUACCAUCCCAUCACAGUGCUCCACUACCCCAUCACAGUGCUCCACUACCCCAUCACAGCGCUCCACUACCUCAUCACAGCGCUCCACUACCUCAUCACGGUGCUCCACUACCUCAUCACGGUGCUCCACUACCUCAUCCCAGUGCUCCACUACCUCAUCACGGUGCUCUACUACCUCAUCACAGUGCUCCAUGGUCCCAUGAUUCAAGAUCUUGAAAGCAUUGGCAACUCUUCUAAGAUCUCCCUUCAGCCCUUAGCACUCAAACUACCCCUGUCCCAGGUGCCUGUCUUCCCACAGCUGCUGAGGUUUCUCUUUCUCAGCUGCAGCUCAGUGAACAUCAUGGGCAAGAGGGGCAAGUGUCCUGGUCUCUGUACUGCCUGGGAGCUCCGCAGUCACCGAUGGGACCAGAAGUGGCAUGAUAAACAGUACAAGAAAGCCCACUUGGGCACAGCCCUGAAGGCCAAUCCAUUUGGGGGUGCCUCUCAUGCAAAGGGAAUUGUGCUGGAAAAAGUAGGGGUUGAAGCCAAACAGCCAAAUUCUGCUGUCAGGAAGUGUGUCAGGGUGCAGCUCAUUAAGAACAGCAAGACGAUCACAGCAUUCGUGCCCAAUGAUGGCUGCUUGAACUUCAUUGAGGAAAAUGAUGAAGUUCUGGUUGCUGGAUUUGGUCACAAAGGUCAUGCUGUUGGUGAUAUCCCUGGAGUCCGCUCUAAGGUGGCUAAAGUAGACAAUGUGUCUCUUUUGGCUCUAUACAAAGAGGAACAUCUAUUACAAAUGGUCAUGAUGAUGCUGGUUUCAGCCUCUGGCCCUCCAAGGAGAGGCAGCAAGCUCAUCUCUCAACUGGACACUGGCUGUCUGACCUCUGAGAUCACUUGGCUGGUCAGGGCCUCAGCUUUACUCGCCUGCAAGCUUAAUGGUUCGUAUGAGGCUCUUGCUGGAGGCUCCACAAUUGAGGGGUUUGAGGAUUUCACCGGUGGCAUCUCUGAAUUUUAUGACUUGAGGAAGCCUCCGGGCAACCUGUACUACAUCAUCCAGAAGGCCCUCCGCAAAGGCUCUCUGCUGGGCUGCUCCAUUGAUGUCUCAAGUGCAGCUGAAGCAGAAGCCACCACCAGGCAAAAGCUGGUUAAGGGUCAUGCGUACUCUGUGACUGGAGUCGAAGAGGUGGAUUUCCGUGGCCACCCAGAGAAGCUGAUCAGGUUGAGGAACCCGUGGGGUGAAGUGGAGUGGUCGGGAGCCUGGAGUGAUAAUGCACCUGAGUGGAACUGCAUAGAUCCAAGGAAGAAGGAAGAGCUGGACAAGAGAGCAGAAGACGGCGAGUUCUGGAUGUCCUUUUCUGAUUUCUUGAAGCAGUUUUCCCGUCUGGAGAUAUGCAACCUGUCCCCGGACUCUCUGAGCUGUGAGGAGAUACACAAAUGGAACCUGGUACUCUUCAAAGGCCGCUGGACACGGGGCUCUACAGCUGGGGGCUGCCAGAACUACCCAGCCACUUACUGGACCAAUCCCCAGUUUAAAAUCCAUUUGGAUGAAGUGGAUGAGGACCAGGAGGAGGGCACCAGUAAUCCCUGCUGUACUGUGUUGCUGGGUCUGAUGCAGAAGAAUCGCAGACGUCAGAAGAGAAUUGGCCAGGGCAUGCUCAGCAUAGGCUAUGCUGUCUACCAGAUUCCUAAGGAGCUGGAGAAUCACACGAACACACACCUGGGCCGGGACUUCUUCCUGGGCCGCCAGCCCUCAACCUGCUCCAGCACCUACAUGAACCUUCGGGAGGUGUCCAGCAGGGUCCGACUUCCCCCAGGACAGUACCUGGUGGUGCCAUCCACCUUCGAGCCCUUCAAAGAUGGUGACUUCUGCUUGAGGGUGUUCUCAGAGAAGAAGGCCAAGGCUUUGGAAAUCGGGGACACUGUAGCUGGAAACCCACAUGAGCCACAUCCCUGUGACAUGGAUGUCAAAGAUGAGCAUUUCUGGAGCCUGUUUGAGGAUUUUGUGGACAAGGAUUCUGAGAUCAGUGCUCAUCAGCUCAAGAAGGUACUGAAUGGAGUGCUUUCUAAACGAACAGACAUGAAAUUUGACGGAUUCAACAUCAACACUUGCAGAGAAAUGAUCAGCCUGCUGGAUAGUGAUGGGACAGGAAGCCUACAACCUGAGGAGUUCAAGACUCUCUGGCUGAAGAUCCAAACGUAUCUGGAGAUCUACCAAGAAAUGGACCACAACCAUGUAGGGAUCAUGGAUGCUCAUGAGAUGAGAACAGCUCUCAAGAAAGCAGGUUUCACCCUCAACAACCAGGUGCAACAGACCAUUGCCAUGCGAUAUGCAUGUAGUAAGCUUGGCAUCGAUUUUGACGGCUUUGUGGCUUGUAUGAUCCGCCUGGAGACCCUGUUCAAAGUGUUCAGCCUUUUGGACAAGGACAAGAAUGGCAUUGUCCAGCUCUCCCUGCCUGAGUGGCUGUGCUGUGUGCUGGUCUGACCUGCUGCGUGGAGAUCAACAACUUCCCUGCCUCCCGCUUGACUCUUCACAAUCUUAUGAACAUGUAUCCUCAAGUGGC